AUGACUGAUGCUGACAUUGACGGCGUGGUGUGGCACUGGGCACGGUUCCUGGAGAAGGUUCUGAAUAGGCGGCACCUCCACUACACUGAGGCAGUUGCCGAGAAGAGCCUCAACCGGACCAGGAUUGAGCCACUCACAACUACCACCACAAAGCCACCAGCAGCCAGAGCUGUCAAGCAACGACUCAGGCUGAAGGGCUUUCAACCACUCAUGAAUUUCACUUACAUUAUGAAGAAUGUCCCAGAGAACCUGACAAAAGUAGUUGAUGAUGGUAUUGAGGAAGAGCUGAAGAUUCUGUUUGGAGUCAUCAAUGGCACUAGCACCACAAGCCCAAAUGCUACAGCAGCCAGCAUGGCAGCACUGAAUUCUACAGGUGUUGUCACAGCUGUCACCCCAAACACUGUUGUAGUCACCACAAAUGUGACCCUGGCUCCUUUCUCACGAAACAGUACUACUGUCACUACAACACCUGCAACUCCAGCUGCUGCAACUAUCUCCACUUCUUUACCUCCCACACCAGUCACACGACUUCUAAAUCUGCCUUCCGUAGCUGCAAAUACACCUUUAUCAGCCAGUGCGUCCAGUGUGGUACCUGUGAAUGCUGUCCUGAAUGUAACCUCACCUACUAACCGUACUUCCGUAACUAACCAGAAUGUGACAAACUCUACUUCCUCCAUACCAGCUCUCAGUGCAACUACUGCAUCUGCUAAUGGCACGACGGUGCCGUCGAAGAUGCCGAAUGCCACAAAGCAGAUGGUGGCCGGCUUGCGAUCUGAGCUUUGUGAGGUGCUUUCCAUUCUGCUGCUGAGCAUCGAUCGGGCCAAGUGGGAUGCUGCAGAGCAGGAUGUUAUCAAAGGUGAAGAGUUGAGGGCUCUGCAAUCUCUGGAGAAUAAAAAAAAGUCAGUCACCCCAAAUCAGCUAAACCCUCCAAAACAAUCGACCAUCCCAAAGAACCCGAGUCAUGUGCAAAGCAGUGCAAAAAGCUGUAAGCUGAUACAGCCACAGCUAACUGUUCUUGUUGCUAUUCUGACUCUACUGGCCCCCUCUCUUGUGUAA